AUGCCUAACACCCCCGAUGCCAACAACAGAUCGAGCCUACCAUCAGUGGACCAUGUCUCUGUGAGAGUGCCUCCGUUUAUUCCCUCAGACCCGGAGCUGUGGUUUACAUUAUUGGAGAGCAGUUUCGAGGCCGCAGGCAUAACUCGCGAUAGCACGAAAUACGGUUAUGCGGUAAGCAGUCUCGGCCCAAAAUAUGCCGUGGAAGUGCGCGACAUCAUAGUUAGACCCACGAAAUGGGCUCGACACAAGCCGUCGCAGUUCCUCCGUCAUCUUCGCGAACUCGCGGGUGCUGCAUUCCCGGAAGAAGUGUUACAGACAUUGUGGCUAGAUCGCCUACCUAAACAGGUACAAGUUCUUCUUGCGGGGCAUAAAGAUCUUAGCCUGGACAAAAGAGCGGAAAUCGCGGAUUCAGUGGCGGAUGUGUAUGGCCCGCACGCAGAAGUGUCUGAAGCUACCACCGGCGUGGCCUCCAUAAAUGCACGUUUAGAUUACAUGCAAAACGCGCUUACUACUGCACUUCAAGAACUCGCUGCUAUAAAAAUUAGAUGCCCGGACGAUCCACCGCGACGUUAUAUACGGUCCAGGACACGCUCACGUUCGAGAUCCCGCGACAGAAGACAGGAGAAUAACGGUAUGUGUUGGUACCAUUGGAAGUUCGGUCCGGAAGCCAAUAAGUGCCGAAAACCGUGUAAUUACAGCACAGAAGCUGCGGGAAACGAGAGGGGCAGUCGUUGA